AUGUACGCAGUGAAUCCAAUUGAAUGUAUACAUUUAAAAGAUGAGUAUGAUACAUGCAUAAAUAAAUCAAUAUUUGAUAAAGAUUUAAAAAUAACAAAAUGUCAUGCAUGUAAUGAUGAGAGUGAAAAUUGGAUAUGUAUGACAUGUGGUGUUGUAUCAUGCUCAAGACAUGUCAAUGGACAUGCAGGUGAGCACUUUGAAAAUACCAAACAUCCAAUAUCAGCAUCAUUUUCAGAUCACUCAUUUUGGUGUUACACUUGUGAUACCUAUGUACAUAAUACUCCAUUAUUUGAUAUUUGUGAAAUUUUAGAAAAUAUUAAAUCAUCAAAUAAAAAAGAUAAAAUUGUACCAAAAAAAGACCAAAAAGAAGAAGAAGAAGAAGAUCAAGUUGUACCAUCAGCCUCAAUUACUACAUCUUCAACAACAACUUCAAUUUCAAAACAAACUACUGUAAAUAACACAACAACCACAUCAUCAUCAUCAACUACAACAACAACAACCACAACAUCAACAACUAUUAAUAAUAAUGAAGAAGAAGAAGAAUCAGAAUCAGAAACAGAUGAAUCAUCAUCAGAAGGUGAAGAAAGUUUAUCAUUAAUUCAAAGAAUGAGAGAAAUGAUAUUUGGAGUUGGUAGAGGACCAAAAAUUGUAGCACCAUCAGAACAAGAGGAAUCAGAAGAGGAUGAAUCUUGUGUAUUAAAGAAACCAACCAUUGAAGAGAUUGCAAAAUAUAUAAAUUCAGCUAAAUGUAAAAAUAUCAUUGUAAUGACUGGUGCUGGUAUCAGUGUUGCUGCUGGUAUUCCAGAUUUUAGAUCCCCAAAAACUGGUUUAUAUGAAAAAUUGGAUAAAUAUGAUCUUCCAUAUAGAGAAGCCAUUUUUGAUAUUGAAUAUUUUAAAAAGAAUCCAAAACCAUUUUAUGUUUUAUCAAAAGAAUUAUUCCCUGGUUCAUUUAAUCCAACAACAGUUCAUUAUUUUAUUAAAUUAUUAUCAGAUAAAGGGUUGUUAUUAAGAAAUUUCACACAAAAUAUUGAUACAUUGGAGAGAAUUGCAGGUAUACCAGCAAAUAAAUUGGUUGAAGCACAUGGUUCAUUUGCAACUAGUCAUUGUGUAUCAUGUAAGAAAGAGUAUAGUACAGAAUAUGUAAAGGAGAGAAUAUUCAAAGAUGAAUUACCAGAAUGUACAGAGACAAGUGGUUGUAAAGGUAUUGUUAAACCUGAUAUUGUAUUCUUUGGUGAAUCAUUGCCAUCAAGAUUCAAUGAUUGUGCACGUGAGGAUUUCACAAAAUGUGAUUUACUUUUAGUUAUUGGUACUUCCUUAAAGGUACAUCCAUUUGCUUCAUUAAUUAAUUUUGCAAAAGGUUGUCCAAGAGUUUUAAUUAAUUUCGAAGAAGUUGGUACUAAUCCAUAUGGUGGUUUCAAAUUUAAUCAACCUUCAAAUAAAUUAGAUGUUAAAUGUAUUGGUGAUUGUCAAACUUUAGUUUUGGAUUUAAUAAAAUUAUUAGGUUGGGAAAAUGAAUUUAAUCAAAUAGUUAAAAAUUAA